AUGUCAUCAUUACCAGUGAAUCGCUAUCGUCGUCGUUCAAGUGAUAAAAAACUUGAUUCUGAUACUUUUGGAAAUGAUUUUGAAUUGUUUGAUCCAUGGACAGAUAUUAAUUUAAGUGCACCAAUAUCAUUUCGUUGGAUUAAUCAACCAAAACGCCAAAAAGAACACAAGGAUAAGAUUGCACCAGCAUUACAGUUACCAAAAUAUGGAGAAAAAUUUCGUGUAAAACUGGAUAUUUCGGAUUUUAAUCCAGAGACUAUCAAAACAACAAUUGAAGGUCGUCUUUUAAUUAUAGAAGCGAAAAAGAAACAUCAUCAUAAUCAUAGUGAGAAUACCAAAGAACAAAAAAUAUAUGAUUUACCUGAAACGGUUUAUGAACAUGCUGAUGCAGAUCACUUGGUAUCUUAUGUAACAUUAAACAAUCUGUUGAUUGUAGAUAUACCACUACGUAAUCGUGAACAUGAACAACGUUAUCUUCAGUCAUCAUCACAAGCAAGUAAUAGUCAUCAUUUACUUCCAUAUGGUCAAUAUCGUGAUCAAUCAUUCAAUUAUCAUCAUUUUCAUACAUCAGCUUUUACACCAAAAGUUGUUGAUGCAGAAGAACAUAAAAAAAAAUUACAAAUGUCUGUACCUAUGAAAAAUUAUCAUCCUGAACACAUUAAAGUAUCAGUCAAAAAUAAUGAUCUGAUUAUACAAGGUGAACACAUAUCAAAGGAUAGUUCAUAUUUAGGAAAAACUUAUUUUUACAAAUCGAUUACCCUUCCACCGGGUACACAAACUGAUCAUUUGCAAUCUCAUUUAACACAAGAUGGACAUUUACAAAUAGAAGCGCCAUUUACUGAAUAUAUUCCAAAAAAUUGA